GUGUGUGUGUGUGUUCCUGCCAACAGUAUAAAAUCAGUCAGUUGGUCAGAGGAACAAAAGUAGAGGGAAGCAACUGAAAUCUCUGUUUGACGGCAAAGCGAAAAGCCAAACAGCAGACAGAGACGGGACAAGACAGGUGCAGAUCACAGGAGAAUGUGUCCUGUGUGGCUAUUGGUUGCUGGGGCGGUGGUGGGUGUGGUCAGAGGAGCUGUCAGUCAGUGCUGGGAGCAUCCAAGCUGCCAGGAGGUCAACUCUGAACGCAGCAUGAUGGAAUGUAUCCAACUAUGCCGGCCCGACACCAAUGAGAUGCCCAUCCUCCCCGGUGAUGCCCACCUCCAGCCCCCUCCUCCAUCAGAUCCUUUUUCUCUUUUACCUUUUCCCUCCUUCUCCUCCUCACCUCAGACCAAGCGCUCCUACUCAAUGGAGCAUUUCCGCUGGGGGAAGCCAGUUGGUCGAAAGCGCCGCCCGAUCAAAAUCUACACCACCAACGGUGUGGAGGAGGAAUCGGCUGAGGUUUUCCCAGGAGAGAUCAGAAGGCGGGAGCUGGCCAGUGAGAUGGAGGACGAGGAGAAGGUGGCACAGGAAGAGCAGAUGCCGGGUGAUGUCCAUGAGAAAAAAGACGGCACGUACAAGAUGAAGCACUUCCGCUGGAGCGGCCCACCUGCCAGCAAACGCUACGGUGGCUUCAUGAAGAGCUGGGACGAGCGAAGCCAGAGGCCACUGCUCACACUCUUCAAAAACGUCAUUAACAAAGAUGGACAGGAGGAGAUGAGGGAGCAGUGAAGGAGGAGGGAGACACAAGAAAUAGGUCACUACCACACCUUCAUCUGAUUGGCCAACAAGUAACUGAAAAUAAACUACAACGUUUGUCACUGAAUAUAAAAAGACCAAUAAGUCAAUGUUUUGAAACAACAAAUGUCAGUUAAUUGCAUUACCAGUUAAUUGAUUGAUUACUGUAGUAACAAAUUACUGAUCAAUUCAGUUUUCUUAUUAGAAUUAAAGUUUUUAGGCAUCUUAAUUUUCCUACCCACCCAAGAUAUCAACUGUACAAGAGCCUAAAACAGAGAAAACCUGAAAUAUUCACAAAAAUAUUUUUCUUUUUUGUGCAUUAAAAUAAAUCAAAUUGUUAAACCCAUAUCAAAAAAGCUCUAAUUAAUUGAAUAGUUGCUUUGCCUCUAACUUUAUUCCAUGUACAGGAAGUGAGGAUGCACCAUACUCGAAGAGAAGGUCAGGGUGGAUGGCAGGUGAAGAAAACACCAGAGAGCAGUGUUUACAUCAUGUGGGCGGCAAAAGUAUGAUGAGGAAAGGUUUAUGGGGGAAAAAAACACAAUCUUGUUUAAAUGCACAUAUUUUUCUCCUCUCUUUUCCCUGGGUUUUGUUGUUUUAAAUUCUUGUUGGGCUGUCAUAAAUGGCUGUUUUAACAGAGAAGUGCAGCAAAAAAGGUUUUAAUUAGACAGAGAAGAUUAUUCACAGAAACUUGAAACAUGAUAAGAAGGAGUAAAAAAUGAGAGGAGAAAGGAUGAGAGAAAUAUGUUUUAUAUUCUGAUUUAUGUAAAUAACUGUAAAUGGCAUAAAAACAUAAAGAUCUUUGCAAGCAAAAGAUAAGUGAUGUGAUGUCUAUCUAUCUAUCUAUCUAUCUAUCUAUCUAUCUAUCUAUCUAUCUAUCUAUCUAUCUAUCUAUCUAUCUAUCUAUCUAUCUAUCUAUCUAUCUAUCUAUCUAUCUAUCUAUCUAUCUAUCUAUCUAUCCUUACAUUAUUGAUAAAUGUAAAUAUUAAACAAGAAGUUUUACCAAACUUGGACCGCCCGGCGACAAAGAUGACCCCUGUGACCUUGAAAAUGAGGUCACAGUCACCAAAUGCGAACUUGACCUGUGUCUUAUUAUGGUACACCUGUGUACCAAAUAUGGUGAGGCUACAUCGAUAUUUUCUCGAGUUAUCGCGCGGAAACCAAAUUGUUACAGACAAACAAGCAAACAAGCAAGCAAGGCCAUGCAGCUGAAAGCAAUACCUUCCGGCAAACACAGUUUGGCCGGGCGGUAAUUAAGUCUGAUAUUUAAUUCAUCUCUCUACAAUAUAUACUGUAUGUGCUUGUGGCAAUUUGAUACACAUCAGGGGAAAAGAUCAUGAAGAUAACCUGAGUAGUAUCACAAGGAGUCCACAAGAGAGCAGCACAGGCUUACAGCUCAACAGACAACACAGCAGCACAGCUGGAGAAUUAAAAUGUUGUGGAUUAAGUAAUAAAUUAGCUAUUUUAUACAUUUACAUUCUAUCUAGAAAGACUGGUAUUGCAAUGAAGGAUGAACAGUAUAAAAAGAGUCAAACCCAGGAUGUUACACUUACAAGAUGCUAUAUACCACAUUUCUUCUCUGUAUCAUCUGAAAUUAUCAAGUCUUGAUAGAAUGAAUGAUGUUUGACAGCAAUAAUAAUUUGCAUAGUACACAGGUGAUUUGAUGAAAAGGUCUUUAUUAUUUUUGCUUGAAGAAAACAUCAGUCUCUCUGCAAGCAUGCAAAAAAACAAUGAAAAAAAAAACAGAUAGAAAGGGCAAACAGACAUGAGUAUCAGAGUGAAACUAGUGUGGAACAGACUCCACCCACUGCAGGGAGAGAACACAUUUUAGACAAACCAUGAGUUUGGAUAAAACUGCUCUUCAGAGUUUCACUUCCCUUUCUGAGAUCAGUAACCAUGACAACAGACACACAUCACUGAUGAACCACGACAACAGACAGGUUUCAGUACUAAAGAUAAAAAUGUUGACGUGGACUUUUGUCCCUUGGAAGUUUUGACCGUUAAUCCCCAAUCUAUUGAUGCUUGGUUUUACAAUUACAAAUAAAUUACCUAUUGUGAAAAGUGUGACAUAUUUAUUGUUUUUCGCCAUUUGAAGAUUUCUUAUAUAUAACAGAAAAGACUUGAAUGAUGUGAGCUUGCUCCUUCAGUCAAAAUAAAUGUUAUUAACUGCUGA